AUGAACUUCUGGUUAAAAAUAAAAAAAGUCAGAACAAAAAACAGAAUAAAAUCAGAACAAAAUACAAAUAAAUUAGAAAAUCAGAAUAAAAACAACAAAAUUUUACAGACAGUCCAUCUGGAUUUAUUAGACGAUUUUGACCCAUUCCAAACAGAAUAUGCUUCAUUAGCUCGAGAAAUAGCUUAUUUAAACUUGAUUGAAGCUAACGAACAAGAGAGACUAGCAAUAUUUAUAAAUAUAUACAAUAUAAUGUUAAUACAUAUAAGCUAUAAAUAUGGAUUGCCCGGAACUAUAUGGCAAAGGAGAAAGUAUUUAUAUUUUACUUAUUACAAUAUUGGAGGGCACCUUUAUUCAUUACAAUCUAUUUUUAAUGGAAUUUUGCGUGGUAAUCAUACAGGUUUGGGGAUGUUGUGGAAGCCCUUUGGUGAACAAGAUUAUAGAAAUAAGGUAAAAAAUACAAAUUGAAAAACACAAAAAGUAUAAAACACAAAAUCGGAAAAAUACAAACACAAAAAAAUACAAAACACAGAAAAACACAAAAUUACGAAACACAAAAAACAUAAAAAUACA